GGUUAUAAGAUUACGAAUUUUACGCAUGCUUUAAAGAAUUACAGAAACACCAUGCUCUCACCGUUUCACCGUUACCUUUUCCCUAUAACCAACCCAAAGACCGAAAAAUCUCGGGCCAUUUUAUUUUGAAGUACGACUGGAAAACUGACAGGUAGUGGGAAGAGCAAGAUGGGCCAAGGCGAGGAAGCGAGGAAAGAUGAAUCCAAUGUUGAGAUUGUAGAAAGAGGGGAAAUAUUGUUCUUUUACCGGGCUAAAGUUAAUAAGGAGGAAGCUCACAGUCCGGACGAUGUGCAACGCUUAUACAUUGUCCUUCGGCCUGAGUCUGGUGAGAAAUCUGUUGAAGAGAAACAAGAUUCUAGUUCUGGCAAGGAAGGUGCUAAGAUGCAUGAAUAUGGGAAUGAUGACAAGGAAACUCUCUCUGGCGAUGAAGGUGGACGUGGUGCUGAAAAGGUGGACAUUGAGAAGCAACCUUUGCUGCGAUUCAUUGUCAUGGGGAAGAAGAGCCUUCCUGAUCCAAGCCAGCAGAGGGGCCGACCUUACUGGGGAUUUGUCGAGUUGGUUACUACUAGAAUUGAAGAUGUUAAGGCUGCUCUGAAAGGAGAGGAAUAUGAUACUAACACGAGAGGUCACAGGCGUACAGAGCCUGCUAGAGCGUUGGCUGAAGGCGUUUACCGCAUCCUAAGGCACAGCCCUAGAAAGAGAAUGCACACACAUUUGGUCUACCGGCUUGAAUUUCCACCAGAGGAUGAGAAGAAUGAAGCUCAGGAGUCGCUCAACGUUGAACGCGAAGGGUCAUUCCUCAUCCAGAUUAAGAAUCCAGAGCAGCAAGGCACUUCGAGGUUUGCUGGGCUUCAGAGUAAGCGAAAGGCAACAUUUCCUGCCCAUCUGCAGGGCCAAUUUGGGAAUCGACGAUUUAAUCCAGCCGAUCCACCUGAUUUUCUAAACUAUGAAGGGUGUGAAUUUCUGCUUAUAGCCGCAUCUGAUGACAUAGAAGAGGAGCUAGGAUUGGAGCUUAGGACAGAAGUAGAAAACUCGCACGAUCCAUCAUGUUCAGAUUUAGUCAGGACUUUUGGGGAAACUGCUUCAAUCAAACCUCUCCUUGAGGGAACUUGGGUUUAAUAUUCCCCUUCUUGUUUCCAGUACGAUUUGCCAGGAUGUUGAUAAAUGUUGGCAAAUCAGGACUUGAGCAGUACUAGCUUUUGGUCGACACAGUAGUUGGUUUGGUGCUUUUGGUUUUGGUAAUUCUAGCCUUCUAGGCGUGUUGUCAGCUAGGUAGCUAUAUCUGUACAUAGUUUGGCUUGUUCAGUUUGCUUGAAUCUUAUCGUCUC